UGGUGUAAACCCGAGGUUCCUCCGCUCGGCUAGCCACUCACGCCUCCUUCGUCUGCCGCUGGCGCUUCCGCUUCCGGCAGCUACUAACCGAGCCGGGAGAGAGGCUCGGCCAUGGCGGGGAGCCGGCUGGAAACCGUGGGCAGCAUUUUCUCGCGGACUCGGGACCUCAUGCGGGCUGGGGUAUUGAAGGAGAAGCCCCUCUGGUUUGACAUAUAUAAGGCCUUUCCCCCGCUGAGGGAGCCGGUCUUCCGAAGGCCCCGCUUGCGAUACGGCAAAGCCAAGGCUUCCAUCCAGGACAUCUUCUACCACGAGGAUGUGAUUCGAGCGAAAUUUUAUUCAGCCUAUGGAUCUGGUCAGAAAGCCUUCGAUCUAUUCAAUCCAAACUUCAAGUCCACCUGUCAACGGUUCGUGGAGAAGUACAUGGAGCUGCAGAAACUUGGAGAGACAGACGAAGAGAAAUUAUUUGUGGAAACAGGGAAGGCUUUAUUGGCAGAAGGAGUCAUUUUAAGACGAGUAGGAGAAGCAAGGGCUCAACAGGAGGAGAGUCAUGGCUCCUGGAAACCUGAACCCGUGGGUGUCAAACCCCAAACUGAAUUGGAAAAAAAACAGCUCCUGAAAGAAGGUGCACGGGAGCAGCAUUCGGAGGCACCUGAAGAGCCGUCGAAAGGCCUCUCACCUCCCUGAAGGACUUGAACACCGCGCACACGGACGUCCGGACGGUGCUCACUAGAGGGUGUUGAACAGCCUGGAACAGCCGAGCUCUGUACAUGUUUCCAGAUCUCCCAGGCAUUGUGCUCUCCUUCUUCUAGUUCCUGUUUCCAGGUUGUCACACGGCUCCGGGUCACGGUUUGAAAGAAGCAGUUGUGUGAACUUUCAUGUUAGGGCAGUGUCAAAUAAAGAAUUCCCUAGCUGCUUGUAAAGUA